AUGGCGACGUUACUCCUCGCGCUUGUCGCCACCACGAGCGUUUCCGGCGUUUUCGCGCACCAGCUGUUUUUUCGCCGUAUCCAUGUCGACAACCACCCGUUUCUAGUGCUCGCUGCUUCAUUCGGACUGUACCUGGCGCUGGCGUCAUUUCUCCAGGCCCGAUUCGCUCAGCAGGUCUCGGCACCUUAUGGUGUCGCUUUGCUCCUUAUGUCCUCCUUCGUGGUGUCGAUAUGGGGUAGCAUGUUGACAUACCGCGCAUUCUUCCAUCCGCUCCGGAACUUUCCUGGCCCGUUUCCGGCACGGUUGUCCAAAUUCUGGGCUGUGGGGCAGGUCUUGAGUAGCGGGCUGAAGUGGUACAAGGUUGACGCUGAGCUUCACAAGAAGUACGGGGACUACGUGCGCACCGGUCCUCGUGAACUUUCCAUCCGUGAUCCCAAAGCGCUGAGCGCCAUCCUGGGUUUCACGUCCAAGACGCUCAAAGGCCCUUUCUACGACGGCAUGGAAGAUUCUGUAAGCACCACUCGAGACAAAAAGCUGCAUAAGUCAAGACGCAAGCUCUGGGACACUUCGAUGAAGUAUUUGCUUUCUACGUACACUCCCCAGCUCGAGCAGUUCACCGACAUCCUGCUGGAGCGAAUCGGUAAGAAUGUUGGCAAGCCGGUUCCUAUCAAUGACCUGGCCAUGCACUACAGCUACGACGUCAUGACGCAGCUGGCGUUCGGCGAGCCCGGCGGCUUCGUGGAUGGCAGUGCGGACGACGUGGCUACCGACAUGCUCGACGGAAUGCAGAAGGGCAUCGACGCCAUUGGCAUCCUUUGCCAGAUGCCUUGGGUCUUGGGCAUCUUGAUGGCUCUUGCUACGGUGAUCCCCACGCCGAUGAGCACCUUUAAUGGAUGGGCAGCGAAGUCGUUGGAGCGGAGAAUGAAGAUGAAGAACCCGAAGCCGGACCUCAUCGGCCAUCUCAUCGCAGAGACGGCCCCUGACGACAAGAAGGGACAACACAUGCUCUUCACAGACUCGCGUGUCAUCGUCAGCGCCGGAAGCGACACAACCGCCUCCGCAAUCAGCGAGAUUCUCAUCAUGCUCGCCCUACGCCCCACCUACGUCUCCGCCCUUCGUGCCGAGAUGGACCCAGUCUUCGCCGGCACCACCGACGAGUACUCGUGCCAAAAGGCAUACCCGGUGCUCGACUCGCUCAUCAACGAGACUCUGCGCCUCUACCCGCCCGUCCUGUUCGGCUCUCCCCGCGUGACGCCGCCAGGCGGCCUCAAGAUCGGCGACGUGUUCGUGCCCGAGGACACCGUCGUGUACGUACCCGGCUGGCAGCUGCACCACGACGCGCGCAACUUCCCGCAGCCGGACGAGUUCAUCCCAGAGCGGUGGACCACACGGCCGGAGUUGAUUGUGAACAGGAGCGCGUUUAUUCCAUUUUUGAUCGGCGAAAACAACUGCCCUGGAAAACCCCUUGCCAUGAUGGAGAUCCGCUCUGUGAUAGCGAGGACCCUCCACAAGUACGACGUCAGCCUGCCCGACGGAGCAUCGGUGACGGAGAAGGGCUUUUUCGAGGGAGUCAAGGAUCACUUCAUUGCCGGGGUGCCGAAGCAGAACCUCGUCUUCACUCAGAGAGUCAUGUAA